GGCUCUCUAUCUCCUCUGCGCUCUCUCAUUCAACCUCUGUAGUCAGCAGAACAAGUGGCUGAGCAGAGUAGCACAGCCGCCACGGCUACAGCAUCCUGCAGAUGACUCUGCUCCAUGGAGGAGAGGGAGGGAAAAAAGGACAAGUGUUGGAGAGAAAAGGGUAGAUCCACAAAUGAAGAGAGACUGAAAGGGGAUGAGAAGCACAGAAGGCGUAAGAGGGGUAAAUGAAAGGACUUGAGUUAAUACGGCUGUCUGCCUGAGGACCACUGCAGCUGUACUAAAUCUGGGACUGUCAGGAAAACCCUCAGCAAAGGAGCAAGUGAGAGAGGCAAGGGAGCAGAGGAGAAAAAGAAGUGAUUUGAAGAGCUGAUUCCAUCACUCUGGACAAGCAGGGAUGGCAACCCCAAGAGCCUCUCCGUCAGCAGAUCAAACUUCACACAGAAAAAGUGCCUUCGGAUAACCAAUCUGAACCUCUUCAGAGGAGUGAAGAAAACAGGAAAAACAGAGUUAUUCUGUUAGUUCCCGAAAGGUGAAAACUCAUACAGGACUACUGCACUGCUGCACACAGCUCAAGUCUCUGCUGUCCUCUUCUCAAGUAUCCCUCAGUCCCCCCUCGCACCUGCCUGCUCCUGGUGAAUGUCUUCUCUGCAUGCACUCCCACUGCUCCGCAGUUGAACACACUCAUGGUCGAUGCCAAGGGAAGGAAUAUGAAAUGUCUGACUUUCUUCUUAAUGCUUCCAGAGUCAGUGAAAAGCAAGUCAAGUAAAAGCUCCAAAAAAGGGAAUGCCAGCGGCAGCUCCAAGCUGCCCCCAGUCUGUUAUGAGAUAAUCACUUUGAGGAGCAAGAAGAAGAAGAAGAUGGCAGCGGACAUUUUUCCUACCAAAAAGCCAGCGUCCACCACCACAGUGCAACAAUACCAGCAGCAGAACCUCAACAACAACAACACCAUACAGAACUGUAACUGGCAAGGACUCUACUCCACUAUAAGAGAGAGAAAUUCAGUAAUGUUCAACAAUGAGCUGAUGGCAGAUGUUCACUUUGUGGUGGGUCAGCCAGGAAGAACCCAGCGGCUGCCAGGACACAGAUAUGUUUUGGCUGUGGGCAGCUCAGUGUUCCAUGCCAUGUUUUAUGGUGAACUGGCAGAGAACAAUGACGAAAUCCAUAUUCCAGAUGUGGAACCGGCAGCAUUUCUGGCAAUGCUGAAGUACAUAUACUGUGAUGAGAUUGACCUGAGUGCUGACACAGUGUUGGCCACUCUUUAUGCUGCCAAGAAGUACAUUGUCCCACAUCUAGCACGUGCCUGUGUUAACUUCCUGGAGACCAGCCUGAGUGCCAAGAAUGCCUGUGUGUUACUCUCUCAGAGCUGCCUGUUUGAGGAGCCAGAGCUGACACAGCGCUGCUGGGAGGUGAUUGAUGCCCAGGCCGAACUGGCGUUACGCUCUGAGGGCUUCUGCGACAUUGACGCCCAGACCCUGGAGAGUAUCCUACAGCGAGAGACACUCAAUGCUAAAGAGAUAGUGGUAUUUGAGGCGGCGCUCAACUGGGCUGAGGCUGAGUGCCAGAGGCAGGAGCUUACCUCGUCGACUGAUAACAAGCGUAAGGUUUUGGGCAAGGCCAUGUACCUGAUACGUAUCCCUGCAAUGGCUCUCGAUGAUUUUGCCAAUGGAGCAGCCCAGUCGGGUGUGUUGACGCUUAAUGAGACCAAUGACAUCUUCCUGUGGUACACAGCAGCCAAGAAGCCUGAGCUGGAGUUUGUCAGCCAGCCUAGGAAGGGCCUGACACCCCAGCGCUGCCACAGAUUCCAGUCCUGUGCCUACCGAAGCAAUCAGUGGCGUUAUCGGGGCCGCUGUGACAGUAUACAGUUUGCAGUGGAUAAAAGAGUUUUCAUCGCUGGGUUUGGACUGUAUGGAUCUAGCUGUGGCUCAGCAGAGUACAGUGCCAAGAUUGAGUUGAAACGUCAAGGGGUACUGCUGGGACAAAACCUCAGCAAAUACUUCUCUGAUGGUUCCAGCAACACCUUCCCAGUUUGGUUUGAGUAUCCAGUCCAGAUCGAGCCUGAUACCUUCUAUACUGCCAGUGUGGUUCUGGAUGGGAAUGAGCUGAGUUACUUUGGGCAGGAAGGGAUGACAGAGGUUCAGUGUGGGAAAGUGACAUUUCAGUUCCAGUGCUCCUCGGACAGCACUAACGGCACAGGGGUGCAGGGGGGACAGAUUCCUGAGCUCAUCUUCUACGCUUGACAACCCCAGUGCACACAUUGACUGGUUUUUAGUGCACUGAUGGAAAACUGAAAUGAUCACUUUGUGCAUAGUGUCACUCUGUGUAAUUUUUUUUGUCACUACUGUUCAAAACAAUUUGAUCUCAGACAUGUGAAAGGGUCUAAUGUCGUUUUAAUUUCAGUAAUUGGUCCACUUGAGUAGGACCAGAUAUAUGUUUCAAGAUGUUGCAUUGUCCAAAUAUGUAGAUGAACAAAAGUCCUAAAAGAUUAAGAAAAAAAAAUCUGGCACUAAAUGUGCAUGUAUAUAUGAAUAUAUGUAAAUUCUGAAAAAUAUAUGAUGCCACAAUUGUGGCCAAUGCUGGCCACAAAAAUAUCUUAUAUGAUGAAUAUGCUACAGUAUGUUUAUUAUUUCUAUGUUUGCAUAGAAAGCACAUAUAUAGCAGCAAUACUUCACAUUCUAUAUUCUACAAUGAGCAUUUCAUGUCAGGACUUGUCUGGACCCUCAGCAUUAUAAAGUAAGUGAAAAAAGCUGUAUAAUACUUUCAACAUACAAUUUCAUUAGGCAUUUGUAUUUCACUGGUUUCAAUUGAAUCUGCAGCUUUUUGAUACUUUGAAUCUAGUAACGGGGCACUUAGAGAGGGCUUAGAUUAGGGACCACUAGAUAUGAGACACAUAACCCCUACAGUAUCUCUCUGUAGCAUGUUGCUCUGCACCUACACUCAUCUCAGUCACUCUAGUGCGAUUAAUUUAGAUCAGUGGCAUUAUGUUUACAGUGAAAUUUUACAUAAAGUGAUCACCAUUCGCCACUACAUGGUAGGGUGAAAAAUUUCUUUGGUUAUCUAUCUAAAUCUGUCUGCAUUGCAGCACUUACAGCAUGGGCAGAACUGUUCCAUUUCAUCUAACGUGUACUACUAAUUGUUCUGGCUCCUUGGUUUUGUUUACAGCAAAACGAUCAAUGAUUGAUUCAGUGUUAGAAGCUGUUUAUCUUAUGGACUUUUACUUCUCUUCGUUAAAAACCCUGUGCACACUGAACUUCUGAGCACUCCCUCCCAAUGUGAUCAUACAGUUAUCAGAAUUUGCAGAAGCAUACUGUAUAUGUUACAGGAUUGCACUGAUGUUGUAAUGGAAUUUGUUGGGGGUUUUUUCACUUGUUCUGUUUAAUGAGGCAGGUUGUUUCAUUUAAUUUUCUGUGCUACUGAAUAUAUUUUCUGGUGUAGGAUAAACAUCCACAGGCUUGUCUGCUGAUGACAAUGGAUGGGCAAACUGGUGUUUAUGUCCUGUGUUUACGUGCUACAGUGCUGGGAGACCAACGAAUGUGUAUGAGUGUUGAUGAUGCAAAUAAACAAAACAAGUGGUA